AUGGCGGGUCUCUACGUGUUUCCUUGCAGCGUCCGCAGGCAGUGGGACGACUACGAUGAUGGCGGAUGUGUCAACUGUGAGGAUGCGGCUACCGACAACAACAGCAGUAAAAAUACCGUGAAAUUUUCAUUGAGCAGCAGCGGAUUUUCUGUGUCGCAUGUUAGCUCGGCCGAAGAAACUGUACGAUGUUUUCUUCGAGCGUCGGCGUCGAGUCGACUGAUGGUGUGGCCUGAAGUCAGUCCUGCGGCUGGACGGAGACACCAACGGAAAAACGGAGAAUAA